CCCAAUCAUCGUGUAGUACCGAAUGACGUUUCAAACAGCAAGCUUGACUGAUUUCCGGCUGUUCCAAAUCGUGUAGUCACUGUGGGAUUGUUAUCCGCAGUCAUUAAAAAUAGUGAACAUUUACAAGAUAUUUCAAAGCUAAGGAAGACACCUCAACGUAUUCACAAUGUCUAUUAUGUCCUAUAAUGGUGGCGCCGUCAUGGCGAUGAAGGGUAAGCAAUGUGUAGCCAUUGCAGCAGAUCGGAGAUUCGGUGUACAGGCUCAGAUGGUGACCACCGACUUCCAGAAGAUCUUUCCCAUGGGAGACAGACUCUACAUUGGCCUGGCUGGUCUGGCUACUGACGUGCAGACAGUUUCCCAGAGGCUCAAGUUCAGAUUGAACCUCUAUGAGCUGAAGGAGGGGCGUCAGAUCAAACCUAAGACAUUCAUGAGCAUGGUCUCCAACCUGCUCUAUGAGAGGAGAUUUGGGCCAUACUACAUUGAGCCUGUGAUCGCUGGUCUAGACCCCAAGACCUUUGAGCCAUUUAUCUGCUCCCUGGACCUGAUUGGCUGCCCCAUGGUGACAGAGGACUUUGUUGUGAGCGGCACUUGCUCAGAGCAGAUGUACGGCAUGUGUGAAUCUCUCUGGGAGCCAGACAUGGAACCAGAGGACCUGUUUGAGACCAUCUCCCAAGCCAUGCUGAAUGCAGUGGACAGGGAUGCCGUUUCAGGCAUGGGUGUCGUCGUGCAAGUCAUUGAGAAGGACAAGAUCACCACACGUACCCUGAAGGCCCGAAUGGAUUAAAGCUCCUCUCCCUCUGCUGCUUCAACCCCUCAUCUCUACCAAUUCCCACUAUUUUGUAUGAAAAUGAUAAACACUGCGUGUACUGUUUUUCUUAAGAUACUGUUCAAUAAAAUUAAUGACUAUUAGUGUUACAAUGA